AUGAAUGUUGGAGCCUCAGCCAUUGGAGUCUUCUUAUGUCUUUGGAAAUUUUAUUUAUCUCCAAGGAACACUGGAUGGAAGAGUUUCUCACAACAUUUUGGAGUUUGUUGUGUGGUUGGGUUCCUUUCAACCAUGUUUUUAUAUCUUGGCUUGUAUUGGUUCCUAUCUUCCUCCAUAAUCUUCUUCCUACCUUUCUGGAUUGUUAUGACUAUCCUACUGUGUUGGUCCAAGCAUGUACGUUGUUUUGCUAUUCUCUUCUUUCUCUCUUGUGGACUACAUGAAGGCAGAAAUGCUCUGAUUGCUGCAGGAACAGGAAUUGUGACAUUUGGCCAUGUAAAAAAUAUCUUCCAUAACCUGAAAGGACUACUAGAAGGGAUAAUGUGCAACCUCAGUUUCAAAAGUUUUGCUAUUCAUUUCCCUCUCUUGAAUAAAUACAUUGAAGCAAUUCAGUGGCUUUAUAGUCUUGUCACAGAUAUUGGUCUGUUUGAAGAGAUAGUCUCUUUAAAUCACACAUUGGCCAUGUCUAUUCUCUCUCCCAGCAAAGCCUUUGAGAUUAGGCUAAAUGACACCAAAGGAGAAAUCCUAAGUGUGAUAGACCAUGUAACCACUGUCACAGAAGUGGUGUCUUCUCUGGGCCAAGGGUUAUUGACCAUCACUGGGUUUGCUCUAGUCCUAUUCACCACAAGACGCUUCAUGAAACGCUUCUUGGGCCCUCAUAGCCAUAAAUUUGAAAACAUCUACAUCACCAGACAUUUUGUUCAAUUUGAUGAAAGUGAGAGGCAUCAAAAAAGGCCCUGUGUCCUUCCACUUAAUAAGCAGGAAAGAAAAAAGUACAUUAUUAUUCCUUCCAUCUGCUUGGCUUCCAAAGAGAGGAGAAGCCUUGGACUGUUUUUCCUCCCCAUACUGACAAAUCUCUAUGUCUGGGCCAUGUUUGCAGCCUUGGAUUAUGGGUUGUAUCACCUCAUUUCUUCAAUUAACAGACAUCUCCAAAACUUGCCAGGAAUGGAGGUUCACUUGAAACUAUACAAUGAGGUGAAGGGAAAUCAUGAUAUCAUAAAUGACUCAUCCUUUAAUAUAUCCCUCUUUGAACCUAACUGCAUUCCCAAACCUGAGCUCUUUAUGUCUAAAACAUGGAUUCCACUAAGUGUCAUUAUUCUGAUGUUGGUGAUACUAGGUUUGCUAUCCUCCAUCCUAAUGCAGUUUAAAAUCCUAGUGGCUGGGUCAUUCUACCCUGAUGUAGAAAGAGAUCGGAUACAAUAUCUACAUGCCAAGAUCCUCAGGAGAAGAUCCAAGCAGUCAUUGAGGAAAGGAGAAAAGAAACUGAAGCAGUUUAUUACAGAGCUGCACUUCUGGUUUCCCAUCCUGAAAAUGUUUGGGGAGGGCACCAUAUCUUCUGCAAAUGAAAACAAUCCUUGA